AUGAUCAGCUCGUGUUGUUCUGAACCAGGUGCGAAACAAAAUCAUAUAUCUGAAGGACAUGUCGAACAAAUAGCCGAAAUAAAUACGUAUAAAACUGGAAAUGGUAAAUCAGCAAUUAUUAUAUUUACCGAUAUCUUCGGUUUUGCAUUUGCUAAUACACGAAAAAUAGCAGAUCGUUUUGCCGAGGAAACUGGAAUGACGGUCCUUAUUCCCGAUUAUUUCAAUGGAGAUCCAGUUGAUCCAACUGUUCCUAAUUUUCGAGUUGGAUUACCUGAGUGGUUAAAAAGACAUCCGCCAAUUGAUGCAUGUGCCCUGGCAGAUAAAUUCAUUUCAACUAUCAAAGGACAUUAUCAGUCUAUUCAGAUCAUAGGAUUUUGUUAUGGAGCGAAAGUGGUGGUUUAUUUGAUUACUCAUCCGGAAUUAUCAUCGACAAUUAAAGCAGCAAUUGUUGGACAUCCAACAUUUUUAGUCAAAGAAGAAGCGACACAAAUCAAACGGCCAAUUCUAUUUCUAUGUGCAGAGAGAGAUGAAAAAUUUCCAUCGGAUGUUGAAGAACAUUUUCGAAAAGAAUUAACAACAAAUAGUCUUGGUACGUUUCUUCAAUAUCCAGGUACAAUUCAUGGAUUUAUAAUUCGACCAGAUGGUUCUCCACAUGUAUGUGAACAGAGUGAAAAAGCAAUCAAAGAUGCAAUUGAUUAUUUCAAUAAGAAUAAUUAA